GAGCUUCGGUCUUCGCAGCAGUUGCAGGGAGGGUUCGUCGUCAUGUCGACGGCUAUGAACUUCGGGAGUAAAAGCUUCAAGCCGAAGCCGCCGGACAAAGGCUCUUUCCCUUUAGACCAUUUCGGUGAAUGUAAGGCCUUCAAAGAAAAAUUCAUGAAGUGUCUGCAGGCGAAUAGCUUUGAGAAUGCUUUGUGCAGGCAGGAAUCAAAGGAAUACUUAGAAUGCAGGAUGGAAAGGGACCUUAUGGUCAAAGAGCCAUUGGAAAAACUGGGAUUUAAACAAUUGACAGAAGAUAAAUCAGGAGCCCAGCCUGAGACGGCGUAAGAGGGAAAACAACCAAGCCUGAGGUUCUCUUGUGGAAAGCGUCAACUCUGCAGUAGUGCAUAUUGUACGUUGUAUAUUUUACACUUUGUUCUAAAAUGGAAUGUGUCUUGAAAUAGGAUGCUGAAACUCACCAAGUAGAAGAUUUGCACUGCGAUCCUAUACCUGUUUACGCAGAAAUCUCAUGAACGGAUACCCUCUUAUCUGGGAAUAAAGCCCAUUGAGCUGCAUGAGACUUGCUUCUGAGUAGACAUAUGGGAUUGUGCGGUCUAGCAUGGGAGAAGAUAUUUUCCAUAGAAGUGCAAAUGAACCUCACAAGCUCUUAAGAAGUACAGGUCCAGGUGUCCAGGUAUCUCCUCCAACCUGGUGUCCUCCAGGUGCAUUGGAUUACAACUCCCAUCAUUCCCAGCCCUCUGAGCUGGCUAGUGAAGAUUUCUCAAAGUAGCCAUGCAUAGGGUACCAGGUUGCUUGUUGCAAAUGGGUUUGCAAAUAUGACUUUGUUAGCUUUAGUGGUAAAGUUAAUAAUUCAGAAUUUUCAUCUCCUGGGCGUUUCAGAGGUUCUUCCCUGAAAUGAAUUCCAGGCUCUUACAUAAAAUAAGUUGUGCUGAAAUUAUUCUGAAAUUAUUAAAUAAGUGGUAGCUCCUGGAUCAGGCAGAUUCAUUGUGAAAAAGUUGGUGUGUUCCUACUAAAUCCAGCUCUUCUUCUCCAGUUCGUAGCUCUUUCAGCUAUUGGCUGCUGUUUUGUUCCGAAGCUCAAUAAUUCGGUAACACAGGUUUGAUUCAAUAAAAAAAAUGAUGACAUUGUU